AUGAUAGUCACGAGCACGAUCAGUCCAUCACUGAAAAGUGGACUUCGAUUCCUCGGCGUGUGGCCGAACAUGCCACAUGCCGCCAUUAAUCGGCUCAUUUAUAUAUCAAGCAUACUAAUCGUGCAAUGCUUUCAGUACUUGUACGUAUUCGCGCACUGCUCUUUCGGCGAGCUGCAGAAUCUCGUGGACAGCUUGCCGCCGACUUUAGAUUAUAGUUUGACGAUCAUCAAACUAUUGACACUUUGGAAGAAUCAUCGACGUGAUAACGCCACCGAACGAGAUAUUUCGAUUAAAGUGACACAUUGCAGAGUGGUUCGCGAAAUACUGGCCGCUAUAGACACUGAUUGGCGCGAGUGCGUGAAUAUUGAUGAAUAUUUUCGGUUAAUGACGGCGAAAGCCAGUAUCGCGCAUUUUUGCUCGAACGCUAUGGUGAGCUUCAACGUGACCGCCGGUGUGCUAUACCUGCUGGGUGAUUACGCGGUUGGUAUCGUACAUGUGGCUGAGGGCGACAAUAAUAUCUCACGACCGUUCCCUAUCAAGAUACUGUUUCCGUUUGAGGCCGAGCAGUCGCCGAUCUACGAGCUACUCGUCGUCAUCUUGUUUCUCCAUGUUUUGUUAAAUACAUACACGGUUGCUAUUCUGAACGCUUUGAUCUUUACUUUGGUAUUUCACGCAAGCGGACAAAUUGAUAUCAUAUGUCAAGAUUUCAAAACUGCUUCUGAGAAACUAUCUCAUUACGGAUCUUCUGGACAUAUAAUAAAUAUACUGAUUGGGAGGCACAAUAAAGUGAUCACAUUUUCCGAGAAUCUCGAUCAACUUUUUUCCUUUAUGGCUCUGAUGCAAGUAUUUUGGAAUACAUUAGUCAUUUGUUGCCUAGGACUUCUCGUCAUUACAUCUGUUCAUAAUGAAUUUGGCGUUGGCUUGGUGAAAACCAUAUUUGCUUACAGCGCUAUAAUGGUGGAAAUUUUUAUCUUUUGCUUUGCGGGAGAGUAUCUUAGUAUAAAGAGUAGAUUACUCGCCGAUGCAGCGUACGAAUCAUUAUGGUAUAACAUGUCGUCUGAUCACGGUAAAAAUGUAUUAUUUGUCAUUAUGAGAUCACAGAAACAACUAAGUAUCACGGCGGGAGGGAUGAUGAAUUUAUCGUUAGAAGCUUUCGCUAGUAUCAUGAAGGCGUCAGCAUCAUAUGUAUCUGUGUUACAUGCGAUGUAUUAG